UAUUAGUCUGAAAACGACUUUGACUUGGAACGGUUGGUGUCAGCGCGUUGCGCUAUGUUAGCGGCCAAAUCGUGUGCGAGUGAAACGGCAAUAUCGAAGAAGUGUUAAAGAGUGGGUGUGCAAAGCGGGCAGCAAAUGUAAAACGAAAUAGCGGUGCAUACGCAUGUUAAAGCGCCGAGUGCAACUAAAUCAUGUAUCAAAUGCAAUAAUAUUUCAAUUAGCUACGCUGCAAAAUUGAAAUUAUCAAUAUUUGAUUGUUGUCAAGUGCUGCAGCCGAAGCAAAAGCUAACAAAUAUUAAGUGUAGUGCAAAAACAAAAACCGGUUCGCCUCUGCAGCAGCAGCAGCAGUAACAACAACAACAAGAGCAAACCAAAUCAAAAGCAAAGCAAAGCAAAGUAAAGGAAGGCAAAGGCAUCGAAAGAAUUUUUGUUGCUCUCUGUGUUCGGAGUGCGUGUGUGUAUGAGAGAGUUCGUAUCGAGUUUGUGUUUGUGUGCGAGUCUUGUGGUCCAGCAGCAGCAUCUUUCUCUGACUGCCCAAAAGAAAAGGCAGUAGGAAAAGGCAGUUUGCGUCGCUGCCGGCAACGCUGUUGGCCGUUUUGUGAUUUGUUUUUGGGCCCGGCUGAAGAAUUCGUUGUAGCCUUAGCGCAAACCUGUUCCCUGCUGCAACAUCAGCAUCAGCAGUCGACUUCAAAUGACGGCAGCAGCAAAAACAAAAACCAAAACAACACCAACACAACAAAACAGCAAAAAAAAGUGGCACAAGUGAAAAUUCCUGCGUUGUGUGUGUGUGAUUUUUUUUUGACAGUCUUCACCAAAAGUGAAAAUCAAUUUGCUGAGUGUGCGCGGGCUGACCAAAAAAAGAGAGCAAAUAAGCAAGAGAGAGUGUGUCCGAUAGAGAGAGAGAGAGAGAGCAAGAAAGAAUACGCAGCUUCGUCCUUUGCGGGACACGAAUAAUAACCCAACCAGGCGAGAGCGAGAGCGAGAAAGCGAACGAAAACUUAACGAAAAAUCUACCGACUGCCGAUAACAACAAUAAUACAGGACGAAUACAAAGCAAAAAGUAAACAAAUUGCCGCCCCACAAAAGCUGCCAGGAAAACAACAACAACAACAACUGCUAAUCAAAAGCAUUUUGUUUUGAUGAUGUGCAACACAGUUUGAGCAGCACUGCCUUGGAACUGGCCCAGAGGCAAGGGCAUGAUGCACAUUCCACUUGUAAAUCUCUCCAUUCAAGGAAAAGUUCACAAGGAAAUGUUAAAGCUACAGGCAACUGCCAGCUCAAUUAAAUAAAUGCGCAAUUGACAAAAGUUCUUUUGAAAAUACCACAAACUUUAUACAAAGCAAAAAAGAAGAGAAACAACAAAAUCGAUUAGCUUAAAAGCGAAAAUCCCUAUACACGAAAUUUAGGGAAUUUACUUUGUAGUUGUGACACUGUCACAACAAAAGCCGCCAAAAUUACGACGUAUCACCCACCCACGCCCAAAGUCAAACAGAACCCGGCCAACAUGGACAACACGUCCGGGCCGGGUGCGUUUGACGAUGAGCCGCCGCCAGAGCCCCGAGACGGGUGGCUACUGGUGCGCAUCCAUGUGCCGGAGCUGAAUGUUUACAAGUGUCUGCAGUUCCCAUCGGAGCGUCUGGUCUGGGAUGUCAAACAGCAAGUGCUCGCCUCACUGCCAAAGGAGCUAAAGGAGAGCUUCAACUAUGGCCUCUUUGCGCCCCCCUCAAAUGGCAAGGCUGGCAAAUUCCUGGACGAAGAGCGACGACUGGGCGACUAUCCAUUCAAUGGACCCGUUGGAUAUCUGGAGCUCAAGUAUAAGCGACGUGUCUACAAGAUGCUCACUCUGGAUGAGCGUCAGCUAAAAGCGUUGCACACACGCGCCAAUUUGCGUCGCUUCCUGGAAUGCAUCAAUGGUGGGCACGUGGAGAAGAUAGCCAAAAUGUGUGCUAAGGGCUUGGAUCCGAAUUUCCAUUGCUCGGAGAGCGGCGAGACGCCAUUGUCGGUGGCCACGGGCGCCAAGAAGCCCAACAAGCUGCUCAUUGCUCUGGUCAAUGGCGGUGCUCUGUUGGAUUAUCGCACCAAGGAUGGAACCACGGCGUUGCAUCGAGCCGUCGAACACGAUUCCCUCGAGGCGGUCAGCACACUGCUUGAGCUGGGCGCCUCGCCUAAUUAUCGAGACGGGCGUGGCAUAACGCCUCUCUAUAUAUCGAUAACACGCAAGUGCGAGGCAAAGAUCACAGAGAGUCUAUUGCACGAUCAUGCCACGCUGGGCAUACAGGACAGCCAAGGCUGGAACGAAGUGCAUCAGGCCUGUCGGCAUGGCCUGGUGCAGCACUUGGAGCACUUGUUGUUCUACGGUGCUGACAUGGAUGGACGCAAUGCGUCCGGUAACAGCCCUUUGCAUGUUUGCGCUGUUAACAACCAAGAGGCUUGUGCUAGAAUGCUUCUCUUUCGCGGCGCACAACGCGGUGCCCAGAACUUUGCCAACCAAACUCCCUAUCAGGUCGCUGUCAUCGCCGGUAACUUGGAACUCGCUGAAAUCAUUGAGAACUACAAAUCCGAGGAUAUCGUACCCUUCCGGGGACCUCCGCGCUACAAUCCGAAGCGCCGAUCAGGCAUCGGUUGGCUGAGCGCCAAUGGGGCAGCUGGGGCUGCGCUGCUUGCUGCCGCUGCCGGUGGUCUUGGCGGUGCAGUUGCGGGGCCAGGGCACGGAUCAAGUGCAAAUGGUAUGAACGGUGGCAGCCUGAUGGGCACACUAUCACGCCAGCAGUUGCAGCAACUGAAUCCCCCGCAUUCGCAUCCGCACCAUCAGCAUGCCCAGCAUCUGCACCACCAGCACCAGCAGCCGCAUCUGCAGCUGCAUGGCCCGCCCUCGCCAUGUCCCUCGGAGCACAUGAUGGGCGCCUACAGCUCAGCCAGUUCGAGUCUUUCCGAAGGCUCCUCCGGACAUCGUUCGCACGAGGAUGACAUCAGCAUUGUGACAGAUAAAUCGCUGGGCGACACCAGCGACAUCAUUAGCGACUCCUCCGGCGUGGGCACGAACUCCGAUUCGGCCGCCUGUUCUAUUGGCCAUCCCAGCACCACGGUGGUCUGCAUGGAGCCGUAUGCUGGCAACACAGUUGGCCACAUACGCUUGCAACCGGGCGACGUUAUCGAGGUGGUGGGCAGCACCGACUGCGGACUGCUCGAGGGCUAUGUGAGGGGCACCAAUCAAUCCGGUUUCUUUCCGGCCGACUGUGUGCAGGAGGUGAAUCUGCGCCAGAAGCACAUCACCAACGUGAUGACCGCCAGCACGGGAAUGGCGCCACAGCAGGCACCGCUGCAGCCACAGCAGCAGCAAUCCUCCUACCAAGGGUCGCCGCAGCUGAGUCUCGGCGGCCACUCGGGCAGCUCCAGCACACUGUUGCAGCAGCCCCAUCAGUCGCCCUCGCUCUCGAUGACCAGCAACGGUUCCUGCCAGCAGCAACAGCAGCAACCGCAGCAGCAGCAACCAGAGGGCAAUGGCAUUGGAGUCGGCAACAACUCCAUUGGACAGUACAGCAGCGCCACAGCGCCGCGCAUAAAGAAGGGCGCAUACAAUGCGCCACGCUCGGUGGUGUUGCAUCGCGCAAAGCGCGGAUUUGGUUUUAUAUUGCGUGGCGCCAAGGCCAGCUCGCAGCUGAUGCAGCUGCGUCCAUCGGAACGCUUUCCGGCACUGCAAUACUUGGACGAUGUGGAUCCCGGUGGCGUCGCCGACAUGGCCGGACUGCGUCCGGGUGACUUUCUGCUCACCAUCAACGGCGAGGACGUGAGUGCCGCUUCCCAUGAGCAGGUGGUGGAGAUGAUACGCUCCGCUGGCGCGCUGGUCAACAUGACGGUGGUCUCGCCUCAGUUCCCGCUGCAGAUGCAGGCCACCGCCCAGUAUCUGCCCAGUGGCGCUCGUGCCGGUAGCCAGCAUCUGUCCAGUGGUCCCAGCACGCCGCAGAGUGCACAUCGCCAGUGCGCCACGUUGCCGCGCAAGAUGUCCAUGGGACCGGGCAGCCAUGCGGCUGGCGGCAGCAAUGCCCCGGGCGCUGGAGGAAGUGUGCGCAUGGCGCCGAUGCCGCCGCGACGUGAUCCCAAGACCACGCUGAGUGUGGGACGUGCCAGGGCCAAGUCAAUGGUCGCUGGCCUCGAGAAUGGGGGCGAGAAGGAGCAGGACGAAGUGCCACACACCAAAUCGAAUUCGGUUGAGUCCAUUGCCACACCCACGCCCACGCAUCCGGGCACGCCCGUGCAGCUGCGCACGGCCAGCAUCAAGGCGAGGCCGACAUCGAGUCGCAUCACGGCCGCCGAGCUGGAGGAACUAUUCCAGCGUCAGCAGGGCGAAGGCAGCGCCAACUCGAAUGCCAGUCGCUAUGCCACCAUGAUGACCAGCUCGCGCUUCCAGUCGGGCACCGACAGCGGCGCAGCCACGCCCCCCGCGGCCAAUGGUUCGCCCAUGCGAACUGGACCGACCGUCUAUGGCAGCGUGGCUGAGAUGAAGCGCAAGACGGCGCGCACCAAACACGGCAGCGGCACGCUGCGUGGCAAGCCAGUGGCCACGCCCACCGUGGGCGGCGUAGCGGGCAGUGGCAGCGGACGCGACCUCAAGCGUUUCCAUUCGACGCCCGACUUGCAUGGUCCACAGCUGCACGGUUCAGCGUCAUCCAUCUGGCAGGCAGCAGGCAAGGGGCAUCACUCGCAGGACGAUGUGGCCACGUUGCAUGCCUCGCUGCAGCGCCUGAAUACCACAGGCGACAAGGACAAGGCUAAUGCUGGAGCAGCUGUGUUGCCGCCACCAAAUCAUCCACCGCCGCCGCCGCCAGUUGGCCAGGUGGUCAAGGUGGAGACACGCAGCAGUGUCUCGGAGUACGAGAGCACAAUUUCCUUGCAGCAGAAGUUGAAGAAGCGGGCAGAGAACGAUGCCGUAACCUCGGCUGCCAUUGACGGGGUGCAGAGCAGCUUCAAUCCAUCGGCUAAUGCCAAGAUCUAUGCGUCGCCGCAGGAACUGCGCAACGUGAUGGCCUGGAAGCUAAGGCAGGCGCAGGAGAAGCCACCGCAGGAGAACUCAGCUAGCUCGCAGCAGCAACAACAACAAUUGCAGCAGCAACAACAAAUGCAAAUGCAGCAACAGCAACAGCAAGCGCAGCAACAACAUGUUAGUCAAUAUGCAGCGCCCACACAGCUGCGACCUCAAGUUAGUGUCGCCCCUCUGGCGUCACACUAUGCAGCGCCACAGGUGCAGCAGCAGCAGCAACAGCAGCAACCACCACCAGCACCAGCUGCAGCAGCAGUUGCGCCAAGCACGCAAUCGCCACCAGCUCCGCCACCGCCGGCGCCGCAACCGCCGCCAGCACCAGCACAACAACAACAACAACAGCAACAGGCCAAUGGCAACCCAACAGCAAAUGCAGGUCCAGCGCCACCAAUUCCCGAGCCAGAUUAUAGCUGCAGUGAAUCGGAUGGCGAGGAUGAGAACUCAAUUCUGGUGGCUCGCAACACAAAGCUCAACGAAAAGAUAGCGCUCUUCGAUGUGCCCGAGACAAGUGGCAACAGUCAGGCGAGUGGCAGCAGCUCUGCCUCUGGAUCGGGAUCAGGCGCCUCGAUAUCCCAUUCACUGUCAGUGGAGGAAAUUCAACGCAUACGAAGCAAUCUCAAGACCUCCAAGUCCUCACCGAAUGGUUUUCUCAAAAAGGAAGACGAGCAGCAACAGCAGUCGCAGCAACUGCUGCAGCCACAGCAGGCAGCACAUGGCGAGGACGAGUGCGACAAUAGCAGCUCUGGCGUAAGCAGCGAUCAGGAGUUGGUGACAACAGUUGGUGGCAACAUGACCAAACCUACGGAUACCAUCAAGAAGAAGCCAAGCGUGACCAUUGUUGAGGAGCCCAAGACCAUUCCCGAUACGCCAGUGAAGCCAAUGUCGAAGACAACCAUCAGCAUUGGCCCCGCCACUGGCAACAUGAAAAUCAGCAGCAGCAACAGCCCCAAUAGCAAUAGCAAUGUCAGCACAAAUGUGGCGCAUGUUGCAGCUGCCUAUGAGGCAGCCACAAAGGCAACCAGCGGCAAUCUCAACAACAAUGCCAGCAGCAAUCACAACAACAACAGUAACAGCAACAGCAACGUUAACACAACAACCACGCUGACAGUUAAGCAAUUGGUGCAGCAACAACAUGCUCCAGUCAUACAACAGCAACAGCAGCAGCUGAGCAGCAAGCCGUCAGCGACAAUUGUUGCAAACAACAAGCUGCCAGCAACAGCAGUAGCAGUAGCUGUAGCAAAUGCGAGUAUUCAGGAGAAUGUCAAGCCUAAUCAGGCAGUUCUUACUCCACAAGUGCUGGGACGUAUACCGAACGUGCAUCAUCAUCAGCAACAACAGCAGCAGCAACUUCUGCAGCAGCAGCAACAGCAGCUGCAUCAUCAAUCGAAUCCUAACAUCAAGCUGAUUGCCACCCAACAGCAGAUACUGCAACAGCAGCAGCAACAACUGGCACACCAGCAACACUUGCAGCAAAUCCUAAAAGCCAAAGCAGCCGCCGCCGGUGGCGCCAGCACUGCCGCCUUGGUAGCUAAGCAGCAGCAGCAGCUGCACAAGGGACACGACUCCGAAAUGGAGCAGCGUUCGGAUCUGGAGGACGACGAUGGAGAGCUGAGUCCCUCACCGCCCGCCAAGGCGUUCCAGCGCCACAAUUCGCUGACGCGCAAACAGGCGGCUGCCAUUGCCAUGCAACGCGGUGCCACACGCAGCUCGGCUGUGUCCUUGGUGCAAUUGCCGCCGCCAUUGGAGGCGGACAGCGAUGGUGAGCCGCCACAGCAUCCACAGCAGCAGCAGCAGCAGUUGGCCACGCAUAUUGUGGGCAUGCUGCCCAGCGGCCAGUUGGUGGCAGUGCCAUCUGCUGCUGUUGCUGCCGCUGCUGCUGUGCCUCAGCCGGGCAACAACAAUUUGCAGCUGUGCACCGAAAACUUGGUGCUGGCACCGCCGCCGCAAUUCUGUGAUUGCAACGAUGCCAAGCAUGCGCCUCAGUAUCAUCCACAACAGCAACAGCAGCAGCAGCAACAACUGUUGCAGCAGCAGCAAGUGCAGCAACAACAGCAGCAGCAGCAGCAACAUAUGCUACUGCAGCAGCAGCAGCGUCACCAGCAGCAACUGCAAUUGCUGCAACAGCAACAACAGCAGCAACAGCAGCAACAACAACAGCAGCAUCAGCGGCUGUCUGGUGGCGCUGGCGCUGGCGCAGUAGGCACCUUGGGCCGUGUGCGCAUUGUAGGCGCCAUGCCCAAGGCCAAUCAUCACAGGUUGCACUAAAGUGUGGCAGCAACAUAAGCUGGCUGCAGCAACAGCGAUCGAAGUAUCGAUAAAUAAUCAUUUGCCAAAUCGUUAAAACGUUAAUUAGUGUUACGUCAAAACCAGUCAUUGCCAUUCACAACGAAUAGCUGCACUCGAAAUGCAUCCACACACAUACACACACACACAUACACUCUGUCACCCCCACUGCAGUGCACUGUGCGCACCGUUGGCAACAUGUUGCCAGCAACAUGUUCAACUUUCGAUUUAUUGUUAAUUGCAAGUCAAGUGCGAAAGCGAAUGCGAAUGCUAUCGAUGUAUAUUAAUAAGUAACGAGAAAAAAACCAAAAGCGAAAAUUAAAACAAAUAUUUCAUAUGCAUUUUAAUGAGAAAUUAGAAAAGCUACGACAAAUGAAUUAGACAAUUUCUGGCACUAUUUUCGAUUUGAUUCAUUUCAAUCAAAACAAAGAAAUAUUAUUAUAAUUUUUAUUGUAUUUAUUGCGUGUGAUAUAAAUUUAUGUACGACAACAGAAAGGAAAAGGAAGGAAAAUAUUUUAAUCGCCAAUCUAAACAUGAUUGCAAUAUAUAAGAUAUCUUCUAUCUACAUUAAAAUAUACGUAUGUAGAUAUUUAGUAUAGUCAUUAAUAGAUUGAAAGCAAACUGAGCUAUUUUCUCUUCAAUUUUCUUAGUUUGUUUUCGAGCAUCAAAAGCGAAAAUUGUAUUUGUGUUUGUUGUGCAAAUAAUCAAAGGAAAAUUCGUAAAUGUCUGUACAAUAAAUGUACAAUUAUUUUCGCAACAAAAACAACAAAAACAAAAUAAAAAGUUAAUAUGUUUUAAGUGUGGAGUGUUGCAAGGGGAGGGCUAGUGCUUUUCUUCAGUAUCCAUCCAUUAAUCAUUCAAUCAAAUGACAUACUAGUAUAAUGCACAAAUCAAAUAAACCUACAAACAUAUAAAACUCACCAUUUAAAAUUAAUCUAAAUUGUAGUGUAUGUUUUAUAUAGCUGCAAUGAAGUGCAACACAACAACAACAAAAAAAAACAUAAUAAUAAUAAUAUUGAUAAUAAUGAAAAUAUUUGAAUAUUUGCGCAUUUAGUCGAAUUUUGAAGUCGAGUCAAGUAACUAUUUCUAAUCGGGAGUAAAUUGAAGCAAAAUAAUCGCGUUUUUAAAUAUAAUAUUUAAUAUUGAAAACUUGCAAAUUGACCCAAUUAAAGUCAUGAGAUGUUUGCUAGUAAAAUUUACAGUUUUAGAAAUUUACUUUAAACACUGUUUUUUUGUAUACUUAUUUUUUAGAGAGAAACUUUAACUUGCUAAAGUAUUACAAACAAAUAACUGAAAGAGGUUCUCACCAAAAUAUAUUUGCACUUACUUGCCGCAAAUAUUACAAUAUUGAAACCAUCUUUUAUAAUCGGAUGAAAAGUAAAAGAAGAAGAUGAAGAGAGAAAUGAUGUUUGAAAUGGGUAUUUCACUAGUAACAAUUAUUAUAACUAAGGCUGAUUUUAUUGCAUGCAAGCCAUGCAGCAGUGCAUCAUGAAAACAUUAAACAAUGCAAUUCAUUGAUUGACUAGAAAUUGCAAUUGAUCAUUGAAUUGAUUCAUAUGGUAACUCAACUAGAGCAAAACAGGCAAGAGCUAAAGCGUGGCGCAUUUACAACUGUUUAUUAAAACAUUAAAAAAACGAGUCGCAAAUAAUGAGUAAAAAUGAAUUCAUUAAUUAAUAAUAACCGAAAUACUUAUGUAUAACAUUUAAAAUUGGCAGGCCGCACCUUAGCACUAGCAUCUAAGUGUUGAAAAGUUAUUAAACAUAGCCCGACACAUACGCAUAUACACACAAAUGCACACACACACACACACACACACACACACCCACGAACACA